GCCCCGUCAGCGAUGAAGGGGUCCCGGGGCGGGGGUCUCCCCGCGAGCGGCGUGGACCUGAGCCUGACGGGCCUCCGGCUGGCGGUCUCCCGGCGCCCCGGCGGCCCGGCGCCCCCCGGACCCGUCGCCCGCUCCGUCUCCGUCGCCGCCGGAAACCGGCCCGCCCGCAACCAGCUGGAGGGCGCGGGCCCGGCGGGCUCCAGAGCCGUCAACAACCUGCGGAGGUCUAACGGCACCACGCGCGUCAACGGCGCCGUCGGCAAGUUUCCCAGCAUCUGCUCCCCCGGACCGACCCGGGCGCUCAAUAAAUGCGACCGACCUAACGAAGGAAGGAAUCAGGCACCCGAGCCCACUCCAGCCGAUGGAUCGCAUCGGCGGGAUCUGCCGAGCGCUUACCGUGGGCAGGGCGCCCGGCUGAGCGCGUGGGAGAGUCCGCCUCUCGGCCCGUUUUCUCCCGCGGAUCGGCUCUGCCUCCCUCCCCGCAGCGUGGAGCAGCCGGAAGAGCUCCUGGCCUUCUUCGACAGCGGGGCCGGAGCGGGGAGGAAGCCGAGCCCAGCCUCCCCCGAGAAGAGGACCACGUGGAACGUCUUGGACGACCAGCCCAGGGGCCUCCCCGUCGUGCCCGGCGGCCGCAGCGCCGGCCCCGUGGUCUCGCCGGUCGGCGUGAGGAGGAGAGAAACCGGCGUGGCCCUGGCGGCCAACUUCACGGCCAACAACAGGAGCAACAAGGGAGCCGUGGGCAACUGCGUGACCACCAUGGUCCACAACAACUACUCGACGGCCGACAGGACGCCCCCGCCCAAGAGCUCCAACCAGGCGGCUCCGUCUCUCAACAACCUCAUUAAAGCCACUUCCCGCGAGGACGCCGAGAGCGGCGGCUGCCUCCGGAAGUCACGGAAGAACCUGAGCCGGAGCAACGGGGAAGCGGCCCCCAACAACGCCGGCGGCGAGGCCGGCCCGCCCGGGAGGAAGGAGGUGACGGAGGAGGAGGCCGAGAGGUUCAUCGACCGGGUCAACCUGGCGGUCGUCACCAUCCAGCGCUGGUACCGGCGCCAGGCGGAGCAGCGGCGGGCCGGGGCGGCCGGCCUGGACCGUCUGCUGGCUUCCAAGCGAGAGGAGCGCCGGCGGCGGGCGCCGCCGUGGGAAGAAAACCUACUGGAGCGGCAGCGCCGCGGGGAGGCCGAGAGACGGAGGAUCCGGGAGGAGAAGGCCCGCCGGGCCCGCCGGGCGGCCGUCCAGGAGCUGCAGCAGAAGCGGGCCCAGAAGGCGGCAGGCGAUGCCGAGCCGCCCCCGGAGGCGGCCCGGGCCCCGAUGGGAGACGAGGAGCCGGGGCCCCGGAGGGAGAGCAGGAGGACGGGGAAGAGGCGGCCGGAGGACGGCGGCCCGGCCCCCGGCCCCGUCAAAGUCAACAACGCCGAUGCCGGCCUCCGGGCCCGAGACCCCGACGAAGCCUUCGGCCCGGCCCCGCAUCCCGGCAAGCGGCCCGAGGACCAGCCUCAGGAGCCGAGCCCCCGCGAGGUGGCCGGCCGGGACCCCGAGCCGGCGGCGGCCGCGGCCGGCGGGGGCCCGUCCAAGGGGCCGCUGGAGGAGCUCCUGGACACGCUGAGGCUGCUGGAGGAGGAGGCGGACCCCCCGCCCCGCCCCGAGGCCCCCCAGGAGGACAGACACGCCUGGAUCGAUGGGGAGGAGGAGGGUCCCAACUCCCUGACGGCCGACAACCUGGAGCGGUUUGGGAAGCUGAACCGGCCGCCCGGCGGCGGGGCCGGGGCGCGGCCGGAGGGCGCCCUGCUGUCCGAGGCCAAGCUGCAGAGCAUCAUCAGCUUCCUGGACGAGAUGGACGAGUCCGAGCGGGAGCGGCCCCCCUCGGGCCCCCGGAGGGAGGCUUCUCUAAGCGGCGGGGGGCCGGGAGGGGGGGGUGAAGGAAGGGAGCCGCGGACCCCUUGCCCGUCCCUUCCCCGGGGCCACGUUGGUCGGGUCGUAUUUAGCGAGCGCCCGCCGCGUGAGCGUACCGAGCGCCCGGGAGAGGACGAGAUAGGACCCGGCGGGCGGACUGAGGUCAGAGGCGGGCGGGCGUCCGACGGCGCGGUUCCGGCCCGUCCCCAGGGGCUCCCGUCGGAGGCGGACCAGCUCGCCCAGCUGGAGCAGGCGUCGGCCGUGGCCGCCGAGGUGACCGGCUCCGUGCUGCGCCUCAAGCUGGAGGUGGAGGAGAAGAAGCGGGCCGUCGCCCUGCUGCAGACGGCCCUGGCGCAGCAGCGGGAACUGACCGUCCGCCAGGCCGAGGACACGGAGAAGGAGCUGGGCCACCGGCUGCAGCUGCAGAGGGAGCAGUACGACGCGGCCAUCCAGAGGCACCUGGCCUUCAUCGACCAGCUGAUCGAGGACAAGAGGGCCCUGAGCGGCAAGUGCCAGGCGGUGGUGGCCGAGCUGAAGCAGGUGGAGGAGAAGUACGCCCGGAAGAUCGGUCAAGCGCAGGAGCGGCACCAGCUGGAGCUGAAGAAGCUCAAGGAAGUGAUGAGCGCCACGGAGAAGAUCCGCCGGGAGAAAUGGAUCGACGAGAAAACCAAGAAGAUCAAAGAGAUCACCGUCAGAGGGCUGGAGCCGGAGAUCCGGAAGCUGAUGGCCCGACAUGAGGGGGAGGUGAAGAAGCUGAAGGCCCUGCACGAGGCCGAGCUGCUGCAGGCCGACGAGCGGGCCGCCCGGCGCUUCGUGGAGCGGGCGCGGGAGCUGCGUGCCAACCUGGAGCGGGAGAAGGAGCAGGAGGGGCAGCGGGAGCGGGACCUGGCCCGGCAGCGGUACGAGAAAUACCUGGAGCAGGAAGAGGAGGCCCUGCAGAGUCAACGGCGCAGGCUGUACGGCGAGGUGGCCGAGGAGAAGGAGAGGCUGGCCCAGCAAGCGGCCAGGCAGCGGGCCGAGCUGGAGGACCUGCGGCGGCAGCUGGAGGAGGACGGCUCGCUGCUCGGCCGGACCCUGAGGGAGGAGUACCGCAAGGGCGAGGAGGAGCGGGAGCGACGCCACCAGGUGGAGCUGGAGGCCCUGAAGGAGCAGCUGCAGGUGGAGAAACGGGCCUGGGAGGUCGACUACAAGAAGAAGGAGGAGGCCUGGAUGCGGGCCCGCGAGCGGGAGCUCAGGGAGGAGGUGCGCAAGGGCCGCGACAAGGAGAUCGAGCGGGUCAUCCGGCGCCUCGAGGCCGACGUGUCCGUCACCAAGGAGGAGUGCGAGCGGGCGGCCGAGAGCAGGGUGCAGCGCGUGCGGGACAAGUACGAAGCGGAGCUGGCGGAGCUGGAGGGGUCGGAGCGGAAGCUGCGGGAGCGCUGCGCGGACCUCGGGGGCCUUCUGGGCCGGGCGCGGGACGAGGCCGACCGCCUCCGGGCCCUCCUCGGCCGGAAGGAGGAGGAGGCCGAGGACGCCAGGCGGGCGAGAGACCGGCUGGAGGCCGAGCGGAGCGACGCGGCCGGGGUCGUCCGCCGGGAGUUUGCCGACCGGCUGGCGGCCGCCGAGGAGGAGAACCGGCAGCUGAAGGAGGACGUGGCCCGGCUGCGGGCCCGCCAGCGGCUGGAGCUCGAACGGGUGGCCCGAGGCAAGCGACGGGAGCUGGAGGAGGUGCACAGGAGGGUGAAGUCGGCCAUCGGGAGGAAAGAGGAGACCGUCAACACGCUGCGCAAACAAUACGAGGCGGCCGCGAAACGGGCCGACCAUUUGGAGGCCCUGCUGGACCAACAGAGAAAGCAGCUUCUGACCGACGGGUGACGGCGUCCCCCGGGGCUCCCGGUCGGACCCGGGACGUCGCGGUUGUAGUCGAACAGUAAAGGAAGUCAGUUGUC